AUGGCACAGAUCCAGUCCGAGUCUUUCGCAAUCAAGUCCUCUGUAGCCACUCCUGUCCGCAAUCCGCUCUCGAUUCCUGUCACUGCUCCUCGACCGAUCCUGGAGACUGGCACUCCGCUACAAUCCUUCAAGAGCGGGCAUCUCAAUUUGGACACUUUUUCGCCUGUCAAUCAAAACGGGAGCUUUGAGUUUGACCGCGUAUUAAAGAGUGGAAGGGUAAAUCGCAGAGUUAAAAGCAAGGGAGCCUGGAAACCAACAUGGAAAUCUACCUACCUCGUUCUACGACCCAACCUCCUUUCAAUGUAUCAAAAUGAAGACGAGACUGGUAUAAGGGCGUCGAUCACGCUGUCUGAUGUCACUGCAGUAGCUCCCGUAAAGAAGGCAAACACCUUGAACGUUUUCGGUGUGUUCACACCGUCCAAGAACUACCACUUCCAAGGCGCCUCGCCCAAGGACACGGCCGACUGGAUUGAACGAAUUAGGAAAGAAGCACGGGUCGACGUCCAUGACGAGAUCGUCCUCUCAAGUCCAGUGGCCAGGAGUGAUGGGCUAGAAAAUCGCAACCCUUGUGAGACAACAGAUUUGUCAGGAGACGACGAAGGAGGUAUGCCUAGCUCACCGGAGAUGUCUCAUUGGAUCGUCCGAGGACAGAAAGGUCAAAGGUCAAGAGCUUCUACGACUCAGCGACAAACUUCAGCUAUCCAUGAAUACUCCGGAAACGAGAUGAUGACUUCUUAUUCAGAUUUCUCUGACGCACCUGGUGCAUCACUCCCUCGGUCCCACGUUGCGCCUCUUAACAAAGCUAACACCGCAACAGCCGUCUCAGCCCAGCGGCCGAAUGCUGCACGCAAUGCUAGCCAGUUGAGUGGUUUCGAUGUCAACACUGAUCCGGAAAGAGUCAUCCGCCAGGGCUGGCUCUAUUGUUUGAAGACGAAAGGCAGAGUUAAGCAAUGGAAGAAGCUGUGGGCUGUACUCCGACCCAAGAACAUGUCCUUCUACAAAAACGAACAAGAGUACUCAGCUGUAAAAAUUCUAUCUAUGUCAUCAAUCAUCAACGCUGCCGAAAUAGACCCAAUCUCCAGGAGCAAGAGUUACUGUUUGCAGGUCAUCAUGGAGGAUAAGAUCUACCGGUUUUGUGCUCCCAGUGAGGACUCGCUGGCCAAAUGGCUAGGCUCCCUUAAAAGCAUUCUUGCUCGAAGGCAAGAUGCCGCAAAACAAGUCGCAGAGGCCACUGCUGCACUGCGAGUUUAA